CGUCAAGUCGUCAAAUCACGCAUCGGGAGCGUGCGUGUUUCUUGCUUUUUAUUAAAAUAAAUUUAGUGAGUGCAGUGUUACCUCUGUUCCAUCGUGUAGUUUCUCUCAAGUUUUAUUCCGUUGCAAUUAUUCGAUUUUUGGUGAUACAGUUUUUAAACUGAACCAGUAAUUCUAAAAAUGAGUGCCUUAAAGAAUGCGGUAUCUUUAGCCGUAAACCACGGCAAACUUGGACUGAGAAGUAAUGGAAAGACGUCAUUCCGGCCGCUGUUAUCAUGCGCCCCCGUGGCAAUGGUUGCGCUGGACCGCAACGCGCAUACACAGGACAUCACCAAGAAUAUACAGUACAUCAGCAACGAUAAGAUCAAGCUCAAAGCAGAUCCGGCUACUAUGAAGCUGGACAAACCCAUCGAGAAACCUCUGUGUAUAAUGAUUAACUGGCUCUUGGCCAGACAGAAGCACGUGAUGAAAUACGCCACGCUGUACCUGGAGCAAGGCUUCGACGUAGUCUCCGUAGCCUGCACGCCAUGGCAGCUCAUGUGGCCAGUCAAAGGAACUCAGUUGGUGGCUGGAGAUUUGAUUAAGUUCAUGGCUAUGAACGACACUGAGCACCCAUUGGUUGUGCAUGGGUUCUCUGUUGGAGGCUACAUGUGGGGCGAAGUCUGUGCCCACGUCAUGAAGAAUAAGGAACAAUACCAACCGGUAAUGGACAGAGUGGUGGCCCAGGUUUGGGACUCGGCGGCGGACAUCAGUGAGAUCACCAUCGGUGUACCUGCAGCCGUCUUCCCUAAGAACCAGAUUAUGCAGAAGACACUACGAGCAUACAUGGAAUACCACAUGAAGACGUUCCACGAGGCCGCCACGUCCCACUACAUCAGAUCCUCUCAGCUGUUCCACACAAACCUGUGCCACGCGCCCGCUCUCUUCCUACUGUCUCGCAGCGAUCCCGUCGGAGCUGAACGCAGCAAUCGCAGCGUGCACGAUAGCUGGGUCAAAAUGGGAAUGAAGUGCACCUGGAAGUGCUGGGACCGGUCACCUCACGUCCAGCACUACACGAAACACCCCAAGGAGUACGUGGCGGCUCUCUACGCUCAUCUCGACGCCUACGGACUCGUCUCCCAACCAGACAAGAUGCGCAUGAGGUUAUAAACACUAACUCCUACACAACGAGACAUUUACAACCUUAAAAUCGUGUAAUUAAGCUCUAUUCGCUUUGGCAUUCAGGUUUAUUGAUUGUCAAUUAAAAAUCAACUUUCAAUGCAAUGUGGUAAAGUACAUUUUUGUUUGUGUUCGAGCAUUCUUACUGAAGUUUUUUUGUUAGCCUUUAGCAUCUUGGCUAUUACUGUUAGUCUUUAGUUUUAUCAAAAAUAACUUCAGUGUUAAUGCCUUCAUAAAAAGAUCGUUGUGUGGUAUGGGUCUCGUUGUUUAAUUUAGUUAGUUGGGUCCGUUUCUAUUGAAUAGUUUGUGGUUGUAGAUCUGUGGUAUAAGCAGAGGUGUUAGAUGUUUCGGUUUUUGUUAGCUCAUAACUGCGAUCUCCAAGUCGUCUGCCAAGUAUGGGGAUUAAGGCUCCGAUGGCAUGAAAAGGAGCCUUGCGUUCAUUUGUGGACGAUGAUAUUAUCGCCUGUGACAUAAUAUGAGAUCUGGUUUAAUUCCCGGGUCGGCAAAAAUAUAUUUUAUUGUCUGACAACAAUAUUUAUAAAUUAUAUUUGAAAUAUAGUAAUUUAAACUAUGAUUUUGAAAAAAAAUGGUUAUUAACCUACCUAACACAACUGCUUAUACCACAAGGGAUAAGACUUAGUUGCCUUGAAAAUGACAGUUACGUCAUAAAUCUCUAUUAAACCUGAUUCGACAAUAAUUGGCCAAUUUACACUUUUACAAAAUCAACUUUAUGACUUAACACAUAAGAUAUAGUUUCUCAAAAAACCUGUUACAAGUUUAGAAUUAUGUUAAAAAGAAUUUUAUGUAAAUUGACAUAGAGUGGAUAUUACUUAAUUAAAAAGAAAUUUUGUAUGAAAUCGAUAGGAAUUAAGGCUGUUUCCGUAUAUUGAUAAAUUGGUUCCUGCAAUAUUAUACUAUUUUAGUACAGUUUUAUAACUAUUAAACCAAUUUUUUCUUUUUACUUAUUUUGUUAGAAAUUUGUUAAACUGACGGUUCUUUUUGAAAAAUUCUACAAUUAAACAUAUUUUUGUACAUUCAUAUGGUGUUAACAGUGUGUUUUUAGCCCAUAUAUAAAAGUAGUCUCUCACCUAAUAGGGCCUACCAUAUUUUUUUCAACAAGCGGUGCAAAUUUAGGAAGAUGUAUUUUUUGUCCAAUCACGUUAGCUGUCAAAUAUUGAACGUCCAAUGACGUGACACCAGCUUUUUUCGUAUUGGAAGAAGAAUGAGAUGUUCUCAUCAGCGCUAGCAAAACUACGGUAGCCCCCAUUAUAUUUGUUGAUACUAAUACUAAUGACGAAAUGUGGGAUAUAUCUCUAUCUACUCAAAUGUAAGAAAUCAUGCUUAGUAUGUUAUAUGCAAUUUAAAACGAGGGCCGAUUGGACCCAUUUUUCCAACGCUAGUUAAAUUUUAUCACAGUAGUAACUUUGGAUAUUUGACAAUUCUAUCAUACUAUAUAGCUGUCAAAUGAGAAGAGGCCUUUGCUCAGCAGUGGGCACUUUUAUCGCUUGAAGAUGAACUCCACAAAUACUUUUGUCUCGUUUCCUCAUCGAAUGUUUACUAUGGGAAUGAAAGAGACAACACGUUUUAAUCACGAAAUCUAACAUUUAAACGCUUAACACUCGUUAAGCAUUUCUUUGUUUUAUUUUUCGUCUUUAAUUUGAUUUCUUAAAAAUAUUUGCACUGUUUCAUCCUAGUACAGUUUAUAAUCGAUACGUUUUAAAAGCGAAACUUAAAUUUUACGAUUUUUAACUUCUUUAUAAUUGGUGAAACAUGAGUGUUAUAAUAUUAUCGAUGUAACAUCGGCAAAGUUUACAGUAGUUCUCUUUUCAAACCAAAUCCUGUGACAAACUGGCUAUCUACCCAGUGACUUUAUCCAAUCGCCACUUAAGCGCUUGUCUACAGAGAGAGUAGAAAACUAAAUGUAUGGGGAUGACAUUGACAAGUGUCAAAAUUUACGUCAAUUCCAUAUAAUUUGGUUUUCUAUUCUACAUGUACGUAGACAGGCGCUAAAUGGCAUUUGGCUACAGCUGGUGGUCUCUUUGUGGUCGCUCGUGCCGAGUGCAUGCGUACAUCGGUUAAUGAUGGUCGACAGCUUACUUUGUCGAUUGUACACCUGAUGCCUUAGUACGGCUCCAAUAAACCAUCCAAUCAGAUAGAGUAGCACUAAGACAGAAUUUCCCUAACAUCCCACAGGAACGGUUAAAAGUUGAAUCACCUAUUUGUGCGUUCGAAAACGCUGGCAGAAGUUAUGUUAUAGAAUUUCUUAGUAUUUACACUGAUUUCAGAAUCGUGUCCGAUUUUUUUUUAUACUAUGACGGUGGCAAAAAGCACACGGCCCAGCUAAUGGUAAGCGGUUACCGUGGCCUAUGUACGCUUGCAACUUUUGAGACAAUACAUGCGUCUUGCCGACCCUUGAGAAACCUAUUCACUCCCCCUUGAAGAACCCCAUGUUGUAGCCCACUGGGAAAACCACGGCACGGCAGUCGGCACAACUUCUCCAUGUCAUGCCCUAUUAUUUUCCUAGCUAAAAUAUACACGAAUUCUAAUUUAACUACGUUCGCCAUUACUCUACUGUCAUACUCGACCAUUGCAAACGUAUCAUUAAAUAUAUAAAACCAUUUUUUAUUUUUUAGUUCCUAAACAUCAUAAAUAGUUCGUUAAAAUUAUCUAGAAAAUUGUGGAUCAGGGCCUAAGUAUUAAAACAAUGAAUUUAUCAUGUUUAGUUUUAAGAUUUUUAUAUUAUAUAGAUAUAGAUAAUUAUAGUAUAAGAGAAUAUGCACUGUAGUCUCUAGUUUAAUGUAAUAGAUAAAAAUACACUUUUACGA